AUGGCCACCAUCCCUUACGUAGCCUCAUUCCAGCAGUCGUCGUGGGAAUCCACGCUCAGAUUGAGACACCUCACCUGCAAAAUAUCAAUGGCAGACCAAGUCAUCAAGAAAGAAUCAUCAGAACCAUCGCCCCAACAACAGACCGCAAGACAUCUCGAAGACAUCGCCUCCAGCUUCAUCGAAGCCAUCAACUCCCGCAACUUCGACCCAAACACCAAACCCUGGAACCAAAUCGCCGCUCACUUCACCGUCGGCUCGGGGACCGGCGCACGACCUAACGCAACCAACAAACUCGAUAUGCUCGAAGGCCACCGUAAACUCGCAGAAGCGAACCCGAUGUUCAAGAUCCGCAUCACGAGCUUCUCGACGACCGUCCAUGAGAAUAUCGGGACGGCGCAAGUUGUGAUGAAUGCGGGCAGCACAGGAGUUCCUGGAGUACCGGUGGGGAUGUGGAGGAACGCCGUUACGAUUCUUGACUUUCGGUUGUUGGACGGGAGAUGGCUUGGGGUGAGGGAGUGUACGAUGUCUGGAUUGGGGCGGAUGGAUGAGGAGUGGUUUUGA